GACGCCUCGCAUAUUAGAAAAUACAAUCAUAUUUGUCUUUGACACAUAUGCUCCUACAUAAAUAAAUAUUAAUUAAAUUCUUAGACCAAAUUGAUUUAAAACUAAACCUGCUUAUCAAAUCCAAGCAGCCCGGCCCGUAAAAUUUCCACUUCCCUCCUGUAGUUUGAACUUAUGGGCUCAGUUGGUUCCUCGCUGCGACCACAAACCAUCGACAUGUCUUCCAAGUGUGCAAAGUUUGUGGAGAACACAAUUGCCAGCAACAAGGUGGUCAUAUUCAGCAAAACCUAUUGUCCCUACUGCCAAAUGGCUAAGGAGCCGUUCCAGAAGAUCAACGUGCAGAACGUAAAGAUCAUUGAGCUGGACGGCAAUCCAGACGGCGAUGAGAUCCAGUCCGUGCUGGGUACGAUUACAGGUGCCAGAACGGUGCCCCGAGUCUUUAUUGAUGGCAAAUUCGUUGGCGGCGGCACGGACAUUAAACGGAUGUACGAUACCGGUGCUCUACAAAAAUAUUUUAACUAAUCGGUGGUGCAAUACUAUAUAUACCUGGUGUCUGGUGUUAAGCUCGUUUUCAUGUACAAAAAUUUAUUAUCAUGAUUAAAGUCACUUGAAAUAA